GGACAGCAUUCAGUUGCCAAUUUGGCUGAACCUCCGAAAAGCUCAUCCGUUGCCGCCACCGCCGCCGCGACAGAUCGUAGGAGGAAAAGACACACACCAUGACAGCCGUGGGAAUCACAAUGAACCUGAACACAUCCAACAGCAUGCAUCCCUUGAGGAUGCCAACCCAUGAAGAAAACGACUUGUUGUGCAGAGGCUUUGGGGACUUACCAACGACCCCCCACACAGAUUCAACCGACCCGAUGAACAAUGCGAGCGGGAGCUUUGUCACCAAGCUGUUCGCGAUGGUCGAGACCGAACCGGACUCGGUCGUGACGUGGAUCCGAGAAGGCACAGCGUUUUGCAUCGUGCAGCCCAAAGUGUUGGCCGAGACCUUUCUCCCCAAGUACUUUCGGCACGGCCGCUUCUCCAGUUUGAUCCGCCAGCUUAACUUUUACAGCUUUUACAAAGUCACGGAAGGCAGUGCCAUCAUCUACCAGCACUCGCAUUUCCGACAGGGACGACCUGACUUGCUCGUGCACAUCAAGCGACGAGGCGCAGGCAAGGCCAAGGACCCAUGGAUCGACCCUUUGAGCACGAAGCAACGGUACCCAUCGGAACAAGAUACGCCCAUUUAUGCCCCCAUCCACAUCAACAACCACAGCAACACAUCGACUGGCGUAACCGCAGGGGAUUUGUGUUCGUCUCCAUCAAGUAAGCCGUUGUCGACCCAAAACAAGCAAGCGACGAUGCUGAUCAAGACCGACAACAUGUCGCCCGCCCUGAAACCUGGAACUGCCCAAAUGAUGGCGCCGCCGGCUGUUGACUUGAAUGGUGGUGGUCGAAAAGAGAUGCCAGGCAUGAUGAAGCAGCGAACCCAUCACAUGCAAUCAUCGACGAUGUUUGGCGUCAAGGAAAACCCGUCCACCGGCUCCCUCGUGGCUGUGCGAUCGCUCGACCAAGCCGACAUGAGCAUGCGGCCUCCGCUUUGGCGCACAAGCAGCUCGGCAUCUAUCAACACAAAGCCUGCGGACCUGAUGGGGUUUGUGCCGUUUGAGAAGAAGGUCAAGUCCGAACCCAUGACGUCGGAUCAAAUCAAGGACGAGAUGAUUGACGACGCCAUCUUGGACAACUUGACGUUUGGCGACAUGCUUGAACAACACCCGCCGUCCUCUCGCGAUCCGCGCUCCAUGGUGCUGGCCAGGAAUUGUCUUAAAGGCCCCGCCGCCGUGUGCAGCCCGUCGUUGUCUGCGAUUCCGUCGGCCACACAUCAGCAUUCCAGCGGCAGUAGCCUCAUGAUGCACAACAACUCGAUGUUGUUCGACCCUGCAGACAUUCACAACGACGACGACGACGAUACAUGGGAAGUGCCGCUGUCGCCCCUGAACGACCCAGAGGACAUUCCGUGGUUGGAUUUGUCGUUUUGAUUUAUUUCAUUGAUAUAUUUAGGAGUACUAAUAGUUAAGGAGUAGUAAUUUAACAAGGCGCGUCAUGUCGCUUUCGUCAUACUUAA